AUGGCUCCCUUGUCAGAUCGCAUCUAUUUCCCUUCCCUGGAGGAGUGUCUUUCAGGGGAAAAGGUGCUUCUGUCAUGGAAGCUUGUCGCAACCGCGCUUUCGGACAACACUGGACGUCUCCAGCGAAGCAGCGCGCUCUCUGAAUUCUUUUCCGACGAAUAUGUACACGGGCUGCUGAAAAAUCCCAUUGCCGCCUUCUCACCUCCCGAUGACGCCUCUGGCAAAGAUUUCGAGACCAAGACCGCGCCCAUCAACGUCACCUCUGCCUCGACCCAGAAGCUCGACAUACAAGUCUUGAAAGAUGAUGCCAAAUGGCUGAGCAAAAACGCUAAAACCAACCUAGUCGCAGCGCUGCGAAUUGUCAUUGUUGAGCACCAGUCUCGUCCAUCGCGCCAUCUUGUCGGGCCGCUUUCAUCGCAAGAUGCCACCAAUCUACAUGAAGCUGCCGGUCUAAAGGAUGGCCAGAGUGCAUCAUUCUUAUCAGAUCUGGGCUCAGCAGCGGCCCUCGAUACCGAUGAAUUAUCUGCCGAGUUCGAGAAGCAAGACUCCCGCCGCACUCGCCUUUUCGAAACCCUCCUCAGCGAACGCCGACACUUUAUGAUGGCCAUCGAUCACGUCAACUCGAUAAAACUAUACGGGCGGCUGCCGAUUUCUGCGCAAAAUAACGACGAUAUUGGUGAAUUAUUCAAGCUCAACACGCGAUCUACCAAGGAACAAAUCGAGGCUCUGCUUCCUGCCUACUUCAGGGUCCUCACCGAUUGCACUGGGCGGAUUGAAUCUGGCCUGCUUUCGACUACCGACGACGCUUUGCUUUCUAAUGAAAAAACUGAAAUUGAAUGGCUACGAACAUUGUUCACAGAAAUUGUUCAUGCACUCUCCGUCAUCUUUCAGCUUGUGGAUAGUCUGGGAGAUGACUUUGCUCCGCCGAGCUCUGUAACUCAAUGGUUCUCCCUAAUGGAGAUGUACAAUUUUUUUGAUUCUGUACAGCCAAUCCACGAGGGCAUAGCCGAGCUGAUAGCGCCACUCAGAACGCUUGCCACUGCCGUUUCAGUCAUCAUGCUGAAGCCCAAACGCUCAAUCAGCUAUUUGAACGAAAAGGACGAGGAUUCCGGGCAGCCUGACGACACCUUUGAUUCAUACUUGCUGUCCUCAGAAGUCCUCGAGCAAAUCCACAAGUCCAUUCUCAAUGCAGCGAACAUGGAUAUCGCAAGCGCGACUCCCGCUAUCUUCACUUGGGCUCUGCUCCUACACAGGCUCAAUGCCUCCUACCACAACCGCACCGAGAAGAGAGAUAACCUGUUGCAGCAGACUGCCAGAGAGAGGUUCGAGUCCGGAGAGGUCACGCGCCCAAGCCUCGGUCGACGCAACUCGGCUGGCAGUCUCUUCUCAAUCGAAUCAACCAAGUUCGAUAGCUUUUUGGAGAAUGCCACUACUCCACGGGAUGCGCAAUUCGUGGAGCAACUCGCGACCGGCGUCACUACUGGAGGAAGAGUGUUCAAUGCCAUGAGCGACAUGGCACGUGCACUUGGGCCGAGCAUCUCAGGCUGUGCAUCUCCUCUGCUGAGCUCGCGCAUCCGAAUCGUCUUUGCGGAUGUCCUCAAAAUUAGCUAUGGAUAUGUUGGCUAUCAAGCCGAUAGCCUGACAUGCCUGUUUAGCUUACUGUCACCUGGCCGUGGUUAUUGGGAUCUGUCCUCGGUCCAAAACCUUCGCGCCUCUGGCGAUACGGUGUCAUCGUUUAUUAAUGACGAUAUUCUUAUGCAAUGGUACUUUCAACAAGCUGUGGAUCGAUUCCCGUACGAGUUUUUGCCGUUUAUAUCGCUCUGCAAGAGUCUCUGCACUGUCACUGGCGAGGUCGAUGACCAACGAUACUCGGACGUUCUGAACCUUCUACGCAAUACAUCUACUCUGACCCUGGAGCUGCCGAAGGGCUUCCAAGAAUAUGAACUGGUACAUGAGGACGAGAAUACGAAUUCCUUUUCCCUUACGGAGGAAAUCCCCCUCAUCACACUCUCAUCUUCCUGGAAAAAGAGGCAGAUGGACGAUGACGCAUAUCGUCUUCCUCGGGGCACUCAAGGGCGUUUUAUUACGGAUAGUGGACGGCUGGUGCUUGUUGAGUACCGGCACUCGGCUCUUUCCUUGCUAGGUCGCCGGCUGGAAAUCUAUCUCAUGAAGGAAGGAUAUCAAUGCCAAUUCGAAUCAUUGCAACCCCAUGACAUUGCCGAAGUCGUUGAGCUCUUCGCUAUACUGAUCCGGAUGGAGUACUUGAAGCUGGCUGGCAACCCCGAUGCGUUAAUACACAAAGAUGACGAUAUCCUUUCUGAGGCUAGCAAGCACAUCAGUGGCGGCAAGGAUAUCGUUACUAUCGUUUGCGAUACUAUGGACUACUUCAUGCAAGAAGAGCUGGCAAUGACGGAAGAGUCUGCCAUCAAUGUUAUUACGGCUUGCAUAAAGUUCUUGGAUGCGAUUCUGCCCGUUCAACCCAGCAGGGUAUGGUCAUACCUUGCCCGCAGUGAGCUGCUGAGCUCCGAAGCGAGAGCCGGGAAACUCUCCAAGCUGACUGGCAGCCUUGACCUGGUAUCUGAGCGUCUGGACUUUUUGAAUUCGGCGCUAUUCUUCUUCUCCAAUGUUGUUGAUACUGCACUCGCAUCUGGGGUGCAACGGCAAGCUGGAAACAAGUCGCGCGGUCGACAACAAGAAAUUAACCCAUGGCUCGGCACUUCAGAUAAAGUGCUUUCUAAAGUGGCCUUGGCCGUAGCCAAUGCUUCUGUUGAUAUCUUCGAAAACACCUCUACAUGGCAAUUCGAUGCGGAGAUAAGCCGUAUCUCUCUGCUCAACAGCGUUGUGCCCUUGCUGAACAAGAUCAUCCACCACAGCUACAGUAUGGGCAAGUCAAGCGAGUCCGACAAUCUAACGAGUUGUUUACGGCCAGCGGCCAGUUACGUCAUCGACUGCUUUCUUUCGCCAUCCAGUGGCACGCUGAGGUUUCAGCCACUUCUGUAUUCUUUCAUCUCCGCCCUUCUCACCCCCGAGUCCACGUUGUACCCUUCAAGACUGAACCUUGUCCGUAACGAGGUAGAAUCGGCUCUCACGUUUGCCACUUCUCUUCUCCGGGCUGCUAACUUUGUCGAACGAUCUUCUACAAUGCUGGAAAGCUAUCUCUUCAAGAGCUCGACUUUAUUGGCUCGCCUGUGCGCAGUCUCCGAUCUCUUCCGUACGCCCAUCUUGUCUCUCCUCCAGGCGCUCGUCUCGAAUGCGGGUCAAGGCUCCAGUGAACCUCCCUCGCUGCUGGGAUAUCUCGGACCUGGGGUAUCAAAGUCCUUCAUCACUUUGCUCUCUCGGCUAGGCCAGCCAUAUGCCCUGCAAACAGAUGUUGAAACAAUCUGGAAGUUCUUCUCCUCGAUAUUGCGGAACCGCCAGCAAUGGAUGUCUAACUGCCUUCUUACUGGCCAAACGCCACGAGAAGCGAUGGCUAAGGACAGCAAAACAAAGGACAUUUCAGACGACUCGGUCUUUGCAACUGCCUUGUCCAAGCUGAAGAAGAUCGAUGACUUGGAAACUUCAGAGGCCCUUGCGAUUUUGGACUUCGUUGCAUCAGCCCAAAACUACUGGCCAUGGACCGUAUUCACAUUGCAGAAGGACACGUCGUACAUGGAAGGGUUACGCUCAUAUGCGCGCGCGCUGAAACCGUCCCAUCUUGUCAUGAAGUCGGAUAGUAUUCGCGCCGCUCGUGAGGCUAGGCUAGCUGCGUACAUUGCCGAAACAUUUGCAAUGCAGCUUUACCAUUCAAGACACUUGGGAAGUGCUGAGGAACUGGCUAAGAGUCUAGUCAAUCACCUGGAUUACUACCUGCGCGAUGGCGUUGAGGUAGCUGGCUACAACAAGUCGCUGCACAACAAUUUUGCAAAGAACUUUGCAAACAAGUACUUCGGCUGCUCAGUCGAUAACUUCAAGCGAACGCCUUUGGCGCCAGGUCAUCUCGGAUCUGACUACUACUACGACCUAGAGCAGGCGGACACAAUGCUACGAUUCGACCCUGGAUGGCUCGGACGCAAAGCAAAUGGGUUCAAGAAUGAAAUGGAACUUGCAAAUGCGAACUUGUCACUAGUCGAUGCCCAGAUCGCCCUGUUUCACUCAUGGGAAUUCCUGCUCGUUGAGCUUAGCACUUGCCUGCCUGGUAACGAGACCAUCGGCAAGCAAAUGCUGCAAGUCUCACAACAAUGUCUCAACGCCAACCAAAACGUCCCUGGACCAGAAAGCAUCUUCUUGAAGCUCGUGCAGGAGCGUGCUAAUCUGGCACUUAUCCUCGUGCAGCGCCUAGCAAAGUCCAAACUGCCCGUUCAAGACGUCAACCAGAUGCUAACUACACUGGUUGGUACCAUGAGCGGUGUAGAUGAACCAUUCGCCAGCAGCUCCAUUGGGUACUACCGAGUCCUGCUGAAGGCACUGUUUGUUACCCUCCGCGCAUAUCACGUCGGCGGAGAGAAGAGGGAACGCAGCGAACAGCAUGAUGACCCUGAGCCGCCUGUGAAACUCGGUGGAUCCGCUGUGUCGGUCACCCAAACAGUAUUGAGUCUGCUGGAUAUCGUCGUCGGGCGUGGUUUCCGUACACUUGUCAGCCUGAUUCACGAUGGCGAUGCCGAGGUGUAUCCGGAAGAUUUGGGCUUGCUCACAGCGAUCAUGCAGGCUGCCUUGUCGCUGCCUACGAUUGAGCAGUCCCAGACCCAGGUUCUCAACAUUAUGGCGACUCAUGAGGUUGUCAAUGCCGCAUCAUCGCUCUAUUCGUGGGCUGAUCAACUGGCCAUCCAUGGCGACCCCGUGUAUGGCGAGCUAGCGAUCAUGUUCCUACUUCAGCUGUCGAAUUUGCCGCUUAUCGGAGAGCAACUCGCCUGCGACGGCAUCCUCAGCAACCUUCUUUCUGCCAAGAUCACAAAGGUGAUGCUUAAGACGAAUAUCUCUCCCACUUCAGAUGCACCGAUCGCGCAACGUUGCUACACAAUAUGGGUCAAAGGCCUUUUGCCACUGAUGAUCAACCUGCUUACUUCGCUUGGCGUCGCGGUGGCACCCGAGAUCACGUAUGUGCUGAACCAAUUCUCGCACUUGCUGAAUGCGAGCGUGGACCGAUUUGAAGCCCCCGGGACCAACCGGACAAUAGCGAAGGGCGCGAUCCAACACAUCACCUUGCUCAGCACGUCUGAGAUUCAUUCGCUGGCUCUCAUCACGCGCGUCCUCAAGGCACUGCGCGCGACCAACGCGCGGGACAUUGGCACUGUUCAAUGGGACGCCAGCGGCCUGCUCGAAAACGUCGACUACUGGCUGGCGAGCCGGCGACUGCUCAAGGAGAGGCUCCUGCCGCUCGGCCAGCGCGAGAUGGAGUGGCGAACGACGAAGGUGGGCGCGGGGGCCAACGAGAAUGUGCUCGAGGCCAAGGUUGUCUCACAACUGGAGGUUGUUCGGGACAUCUUGGCUGACGAACUGGAGUAG